GACGGGGAUCGAUAAUCGAACGGUCUCGUUUACGUUAGCCCGCGAACACUGUGAAUUUGCAUAAAGGUCCGCAGUGUGGGAAUAAUAUAUUCGGUAGAACCGUUCGAUCGAUCGACCGAUCGAUCGAUAACGAUGCGGCCGAAGCGUGACGGUUUUUACAGUUAAACUCUACAAUUUCCUUCUUAUCAAACGCCGUCGCGGAAAUGAGUCGUGAAGUCGUCGCUGCACGGGACUGUACAUGUAUACACGUAUGCAUAGUAUGCACACGCAUGAAACAGUGCAAAGCAGUGCAAAGAAUGCACACCGGGGAUCAAUGAAACGUGAAAUUUGUCGCAAUCGAUGUUGGGAGUACGUUCACAGCUCGAGGCGGCCGCCGAGAGGAUCAUGACGAGGGAUCGGUGAACUUUGUUGACGAGGCGUCGCGACGAUUUCAGGCGGUUCCUGCAAUAAACUGGCCGAGCAUUUUCAGAGGAAACGAGGGUGAAUCAUGUCGCGAUCUAGGCGUCCCAGCGUUUCCAUUUACGAUUAUCCGGAACACUUGAACCCGUUCAACGACGAGGUCACCAAUAUGCAGCCGCCCAUGUACCGGGACGAGAAGACGAAGGAAUCGAAACAUAAAUUCUGGACGUUCGGCAGGAGCAGGAAGAAGAGAUCCAAUAGUUUCUCCAUUAAAUCGACAUGGAGCGGAUUGUUCGGGAAACGGAAGGAUGAGAAGGCGGAGGCGCAGGAGAAGAGAUCCACGAUCACUACAGUUUCAUCUACCUAUAAGAGGGAGCCUUACACGAAACCCGCGGCUCCUCCGAGACCUACCAAGGAUCAGCUGGAGUUCCACGAAGCUCUCGGCACUUUAGCGAGAAGAAGAAAGUAUACCUUGGAAAACUCGUCAAGAUACGGCUCCAGUUUAACUGUAAACGGCGAUCCUGCUAGGAUGUACAAUGGCAGCCCGCAAGACACCACCACAUCUAUUAUGGGUGACCUCACACCCAAGCCACCAGUGAGAAGAUUUGGCCAGGUGAGUCCCAAGCCAACAGACAAGAUCCCGGCGUUGGACUACGAGGACAAAUCCCCUAAAGAGAACGGUAGUGUAACUCUUCGCGAGAAGGUGCAGGAAAGAACGCCAGUUCCCCCUUUGCGACGAUUCGGUAACAGAUCGUCGCAACGUGCGAACGCGGGUACCCUGGACUCGGAAGAGGAGGCGAGUCGUAUGGGUGACGCGGCGUUCUGCGACGAGAACGAGAACGUUCCUGAUGACUACGUAUUCAAAAGAUGUAGCCAGGACGCGGUCAGAAAAUCUAAUCUCUCGAUAAACAGCUGCAUUUCUGUUGGUAGUACGAUGAGCUCGUACGGUCGGAAAAAACGGAGAGCACCGCAGCCGCCACGACGCGUAGAGAAAGUGGAGACCAACGAGAAGAUUACCGAAGCACCUAACAUUGAACUUCAGAUAGUGGAACCGAGUGACAUAGCGAGAGUUGCCGAGAACAUCGAUGAAAUGACGAAGAAGAGUAAAGAUAUAGACAAUGAAGUGGGCAACGAAGUUGAUGACAAGAAAGAAAGGCUUACGGAGUCCGCUACGGAUACCGCUCAAUCCGCGGAAGAGAUUACGGAGAAAGACACUCUAAAACCCGUGGAAACCGAUGUAGAGGAAACAGCGAAACCACCGGUAGAAGUAAACUGCACGGAAGAAACUGUAGAAGUACAGCAAACCGAAGUCAAUGAUUCUACUACGGAGAAAGAGGAACCUGAGAGAACGGAUUCUAAGGAAACGGAUUCUAAGGAGCCCACAAACAAGGAUGAGGAAGAAGUUCAAGUUGAAUAUCGAAGAAAUUCUCAGGAUAAUGUAGAGAUCAUUAAAGAAGUCGAUGAAUUAUUGCCUUCGGAAUUGGAGGAAGUACGUUUAAGGAGAAAAAGUUCUUUAGAUUCAUUGUCCAGAAGCGACAGCUUCUCGGUGAAGGAUGAGAUCGAAAAGAUUGAGAGACAGAUCAAGGCACUCGAGGCGAGAAGCGCAUCCAAAGAAUCAACGGAGAACCUGGAUGAUCAAUACGGGGAUACAAGGCAAUCGCUUCAAGCUAAUCGCAGGCACUUCUUCCAAAAUAUGGUUGACACCGAUAAAGAAGCAAUUAAGAUAGAGUUUAAGGAAUUCCCUAGGGAGCAGAAGGACAUUCAUUUGGUCAGACUAAACGAUUCACCAGUCCCUGUAGCAGCUUCAAGGGAACCGGUGAAAGUAAUCGAACUUCACAUAUCCGAGCCGAUUAAACAAAAGGCGGAGAUCGUUGAAGAUAUCAAUCCGAUACCAAAACCGAGGAGGCACAGCGCGUUGAGUUUGACCGAUUCUCGAUCAAAUUCCGUAAUUUCGACUGAAGGACGAAAGGGUCGUGACGAGGCCAGAGGAAAGUCAUUUUAGAAUCGUUGCCUUCGAUAAUAAAUAUGUAGACUAUUGUGCAAUUAUUUUGUCUUCAAGAAUUAAAUGGAAAGAUGACAUCUCCAUUGAUCUUAGUCGAAAUAUUUUUCAAAGACUGUCUAGACACUGUGUACAUGUGCCUUUAUUUAAGCUUACAGAUCCAGCUUAAUUCUUUGAAGUAUCUUCUCAACUCAGAUUUCGUUUUGAGACGUUCUUUUUAAAUGUACAUGAUUUUCAGGUAAUAUUACAGUACAAUAGCAUGCACUGAUAGUCUAAUACUUCACUUUGCAGAUACUUCAAAGAGUUAAUAAGCGUAAUAAGUAUGCGUAUUAUGUACUUGAAGCCUUAAUACGAUGAUGAAACAAAAAUUCCAUCGACUUUGGGCAUAGAAUAUUAUGUGAUCGUAGACGUCUCUCGUUUAUCUAGUAUUCUCAUUAUUUAUUUUCGCGGAAUAAAAUUUAAAAAUUUAAUAACAUUUAUGCUCUACCAAUAACUAGAAACAUUCAACAGUUUCCUAUAAAUAAGUAAAUAAAAGAAAAAUAACUCCAAAUUAUUUUUAAUUGUAAUAUUUACAAAAUUUAUUGUAUAGAUAUUCAUCAAAUCAAAUGAAUAUAUUAACAGCUUCGCUACCAGCGUUUGUUUCGGUACAUGAUCCUCACAAUUGUAAUAUUUUAUUCGAGCCAACAAGUCUUCUAAACAAAGUAUUGAAACAAUUAAAUUAAAACAAAUCAAUGAGUUCCUAAAUAUAAAACAGAAUCUUAUAACUUUAAAUAAUAUCUGUAAGAUUUAUUUCUGUUUCUUUGUAUACAGUAUGGGAUUAUAUCCGUCAUAAAUAUAUGACGUUAGUAGCGAACAUGUUAAUAUAUCUAUUAGAAAUAAAUAUAAUGUAAAUAUCAGUAGUAUAGCAAUAGUAUACUUCUUGAGAGAAUAUUAAUAGUCAUAUAAAAACACGGAGUAAAAUAAGUUCCAGUUAACGUUGUUAGUUUUUUUUACACAAUACUCAUCCUUUUCACUUUAUAUUUUAUAAAUCUUACGAUAUUCGCAUUGACUGUAGACACGAUCGCGACAUUGUCUCCCAAAGUCUUUUUUUGUUCUCGUACCUAUUUGAAAAUGAAUAUGAAAAAUAAGUUGCUAUUUUAUUUAUUCGAAAGUAUAACUUAAUAGUAUUUUACCUUAUUUUUAAAAAUUGGUACUAAUUCACGUAAUUUCUCCACUAGUUUGAUUUCAUUCGCUAACUGAUCGCUGUCAUCUUCUGCAUAUAUAUCCAUUACUGCAUCUAGAGAUUCUGCAAUAACCCAGGCUUUGGAUUCCAUCAUGCAACUGCUUAAUAAGGACACUGUGACUUCCUAAAACGACACUUUUUAUUAUAUAGGAUCACUCACGGUUAAAUUUUUAUAUGAAAUAUAUAUUUUACUUUGACUAAUUCAUUGGCUUCAGGAGUAUUAUUACUUCUUAAAAUUAAAGCAAUGUUUCCUAAUAUACGUAUGAGAUUUGCGCGAAUAUUUGCAUUAGUACAUUGCCGUUCUCCGUUUAACAUUGGCUGCAAAUCAACUAAUGUUAAUUGGUUAAAAAUAUUUGGUUUAACUUCGGAUAAUCGUUGAAGAAUUGCCCUCAUAGCUGCGGUAGCAGAUUCUAAUAACUCAGUAUCAUUAGGCUUUGCAUCUUUGAAGACAACAGUUCCAAUGUUGAGCCACAUCCUAAAUUAAAACGUAGAAACAUUUUUCAAUUGAUCUAUUUUUCCAAGUGAAAUCGUAAUUGUAGGUGAAUGUUGAGCCAUAUUUUACCUAUAUAUAUUUUCCAAACCACCAAACGCAUCAAUUUCUAAAUAUGAUACUAAAUUAUUUAAACAUAGAUAUGCUCUACAUAUUAGAGUGUGCAUUUGAUGCAAUACAGCUCUUCCCUCAACAUUCUGUUCCAAUAUUUCUACUGUAUCUUUUUCCACAGCCAUAGUCUUGUCCCAUACCUUUUUAAUUAUGUCACAACUAUUAAAAACUUCAAUUAUUUCUAGAGGUAGAGAUAAGUUUAGUUUACAUAAUUUAUCAUCCAUGCAAACAUCAUUUAUACCAUCACUCUCAAGGUCUGAAUCUUCCAAAUCCGAGUCAUUUUCAUUUUCUUGAUCUUCUGAACAUAAGUUAGUUAAAAUUUCCAAUGCUUGUUGUUGAGCUCCAAUUAGCUUUCUACUUCCCUGUACUUUCUUCUUGUGUUUAAUUGAGAAAGCUUUUUUUUCAUGAGGUAAAAUGGACGUCAACUCACAUAAAAUUUGUUUGCAAUCAAUGGAAAGUGUUUCAGAGAGGACAGUUAUCGCUUUACAAAUUAUUGUACUGGAGCUAGUACUUGUAAGACUGUUAUCCAUGCAGUUAGAUAUAUUAAUUAACAAUGCAGAUACAGCAGUUUUAAGGCAUGUUACUUCAGAGUUAUUGGCACUGUUUGACUCCAAAUUUAAUAAUUGUAUAAGUGUACUUUCAUGAUCUUUAAGUUUUUUAAUAGCAGCAGAAUUGUCUUCUGACAAAGAUAAUAAACAUUGUACAAUAACUGUAACAAUUUCCAUACCAUAAAUGGUAAUGUCAAAGAAUUUUGUUAAAAUAGAUACAAGAUCCUCUUCGUUGGAAUAUUUUAUUGCACAUUCAUUAUUUUCGCACAAUGUCCAUAACAAUGUGAUUGCUUGGACAAAAGCUUCUUUCUCAUCAUUUACUUUGCUUUUUUCACUUUCAUUUAAUGUUGGUUGCCAGUCCGUAUAAUACUAUAAAUAGAAAAUACAUAAAUAAAUAUUGUAACAAUAUAAGGAGACAAUUUCCAGCUUACUUGUUUUAAUAAACAACAGAGUGGGGUCAUGAUGUCAUCCUUCAUUAAACUCUCAUGUGCUUCUACAAUUCCAUUAUCUGCAAUGUGCCUUAAAGCACUGGCACUCCCUGCUCUUACAAGUACAUUACCAUCAACAAGUAAUGGUCCUAUCAUUUUAGCAAUUCCAUCUUGUGCAAUUUGCGUGGCAAGUCCUGAAUCACAGGACAUUGAUUCCAAUGUUUGCAACCCCGAUAAUUUUUCUUCAACGUUAGCGGAUUGU